CCUCCUGCUGGGUCGCCAGGUCGGGGUCAUUUCCCAUAUAAUAUUAGUUGCCGCCUGUUAGAUAUUUCCCUUUAUAAAAUCAUAGUACACUAUAUUCUAUUAUAUAAUAGGAUAUUAAAGGCCCACUAUAAAGGCCCAUAAAACAAUACACACGUGCGAUGACACACACUCACGCGUGCCAAGAGCAAAAGGAGAUAAGGCUGUCCUUUUUUUACUAGCUUCCCUCCAUUUCUCCGAGUGUAGUCUGAGAAGUACACACACAGCUAUGGCGACGAGCUUUAAUCGUCUUCCUCAGGCAUUGCAUAUGAUAGCGAGAAACCCUACGCAAUCGUCGAAGAAAUUAGGGUUUUCUACGUUUCUAUCAUGCGCACCAUCAAUGGAUUCUUCGUUUUCUAAGCUUUCUCUGAAUCAUUCCGGUUCGAAAUUUGGGUUCUCUCUCGAUACUAAGGUGAGAAAGGAGUUUAUCGUUAGAGCUGAAGAUAACGCUGAAGCUGAACCUGAAGAAGCUGCUGUUGAUGAAAUUGCUGAUGCGGAAGGUAAUGUAGAAGAGGUGGUCGAAGUUGGUGAAGCUAAACCUAUGAGAAAACCGAGGAUCAAGCUCGGAGACGUCAUGGGGAUACUGAACAAGAAAGCAAUUGAGGUAUCAGAGAAAGUGAGGCCUGUUCCAGAAAUCAGGACAGGAGAUAUUGUAGAAAUCAAAUUGGAAGUUCCUGAGAACAGACGUAGGCUAUCUAUCUACAAAGGCAUAGUGAUGUCGAGACAAAACGCUGGCAUACACACUACCAUUCGGAUUCGGAGAAUCAUAGCCGGUAUUGGUGUUGAAAUCGUGUUUCCCAUAUACUCUCCCAACAUCAAAGAGAUAAAAGUGAUGAGUCACAGAAAAGUGAGAAGAGCAAGGCUUUACUAUCUGAGGGACAAGCUUCCUCGUCUGUCCACUUUCAAGUGAACACCCAUCAACCGUGCUGUGUUUGACCUCCAGAGGUAGUAGUAAUCUUCCGCUUUGUGCUCUGUUUUUGUAAGAUUUUUUUCUUUCUUCUUGAGCCUGUAAGUCAUUUGCCUGCGCACACUCUUGCGAGAAAGUAAAUCAAAGAUUAGUUGAACUUUCCGUUGAUAAAUGUAGACCUGGUCCUAAUUUGAUGAUGAGUGAUAUAUAUAUUGAUGAUC